AUGCAGGCAAGCAUUCGACUUGUGUCUAUUGUUGUUAGUGUUCUGUACGGUGCAUCCCUCGUUCUCUAUGCUGUUAGUAAUGGACUUCCAGACUGGUUUUGGACCAUUGGCGAAGGUGUUACUAUAGCAACUGGUCUGUGGCGAACAUGUGUAACUAGUGUUGGUACAACUGUGUGUGGCGAUUUUAAAUGUGUAUCGAGUAGCGAUACGACUGGUGUGUGCGAAAGAGUGAUGGUAGGUCGAGCUUUCAUGGCAUUGGCUUGCAUCUUAUCUGGCAUCUGUACUAUAGCGUUUUUUAUUUUUGGAGCUAUGAAGGAUCGUCACCACCGCUUAUUACUACUGUUCUUCAAGAUUUUCGGUUUCGUCUGUCUUGUCAUGGGUAGUAUCGGUGUAGGAGUCGGCGGUAGUAUUUUACAGGUACUAAAUGAAAAGGCGGACGUAUUCCGAUUGGGUGCAGCUGCAAUCUUAGGUAUUAUUGCUGUAGUUUUCAAUCUUGUUGCUGCUAUUGCAGCAUUAUUUGCUAAAACCUCACCGACAGGAAUACAAUACGAACAGUCUUAA